UUGAGACGGAAAAGGAGUUCUUCACGGGAGGAGGCGAAAGAGAGAGUAGUAGUGAAGAUGGCGAGAGGCUCCCGGUGUUUGAGGAGAGCGGUAGCGGAGUGUAUCAGGCAUUUGCCGUCCACAGCCAGUCGAGAAACACCGGGCAGGAAUGGAGUGAGAUAUCUGUCUUCAUGUGGGAUUCUGAUGACCAGGGCGCCGCUCCUCUUCAGGGGUCUAUCUGGCCGUGCUGCCGUGACUCCAGCCAGGAGCUUCUUUAACUUCUCCGAGUCCUUCAACAAGCGGAAAGAGUACUCCGAAAGACGUAUCAUUGGGUACUCCAUGCAGGAGAUGUAUGAGGUUGUGGCCAAAGUAGAAGACUACCUGCUGUUCGUGCCCUGGUGCAAGCGCUCCGAUGUUAUAUUCCGGCGCUCUGGAUUUUGUAAGGCCAAGCUGUCCGUGGGCUUCCCUCCUGUUGUAGAAAAUUACAACUCCCUUGUUACUACAGUUCGCCCUCAUUUGGUCAAGGCGUCUUGUUCUGAUGGGAAACUCUUCAAUCACCUGGAGACGGUGUGGCGCUUCAGCCCUGGGCUUCCCGGUUACCCCCGUACCUGCACCCUUGAUUUCGCUAUUUCCUUUGAGUUCCGCUCUCUCCUGCAUUCUCAGUUGGCCACCGUCUUCUUUGACGAGGUGGUAAAGCAGAUGGUGACGGCCUUCGAGCGGCGGGCAUGCAAACUCUAUGGCCCCGAGACACAGAUCCCACGUGAACUCAUGUUUCAUGAAAUCCACCACACAUAGUUCAUUCCACACGUUCAGACUGAUGGGGGGAGGGGAUAGUAAGGGAAUUCAGGGAAAUAGAAGUUUUAUUGAAAGUGUUAAUAAGAGAGUAUUAUAAGGACAGCGGAGAGAGCGGGAACUCUGUGCCUGAAUACCGUCAGUGCCUGGUCCAAUCAAAACUGUCGGUUUUAAUUUUUUAUGCUAGAAACAUGUGGCUGGAUCUUUUUUGGGGGACCCCCACUACCUCCAUGUUAACCUUUUAGAACCGCUAGGAGUAUAGAAUGGCACCUGGAGCCACGUUUUUAACGAAGACCUUAAGACAGCUACCAAACACCAUUACGGCACAAUAUACACAGGUCAUGGAUUGCUUUGAAAGGACGGCGAUUGAGACAAUUUAAAGUGCAUUAUGACUUCAGCGUCAUGUAAACUGGUAAAUGAUUUAUUUAUUAAAACGCUUGUAGAUAAUCCUUUAUGAUUUCAAGAAAAGGGAAGAGAAUAGUUUGAGUGCAUGCGUGCGUCACAGGCAGAAAACUGUUGAGCCAAACUCGCACAAGGAGCUAACAGGGUAUCAAGGCUGCGCGAAUGACUCCGCUCUGUUGUAUUCCUGCAUAGCUCCACAAUAAAAGCUUUUAUGGGCUGAAAAAAGAGAACCUGCCUCUCUCAUAAUACUGCCUUAUAAAACUUUACAUAUGGUGGGCAAACAAUCGCUAUAAAAAUUUGUACAGAUUAAUUUGCCGGCAGCGCUGCAAUGCACUCCUCAUUGAUGGGAGCGUGCAAAGUGACAUGUAAGUGACAGAUCAUGUCCAGAUCAAAGACUGCUUAAAUCAUCUAGAGGUGUGAAAUAUGUUUGGAUUUUGCUAAUAUUGCCAAUCUACGAUAUCCACUGUUUCUUAAAGGGCCCAAUGUCUGGGAAUCUCUCCUAGAGCUCUCAUCUGAUUGUAGUGAGGUAUCCGUCAGAACAGACCUUUAAAGAUUCCAAUCCACACCCUGUGUGCUUCCUUUGCUUACUGCUUUUGUACCGACAGCCACAUAUUAUUUAUCAUUAUCUUAAAAACAUGUAUGCAUAGUCAUCCUGUAUUUAUUUUGGUUAUGGGUAAACCACGUGUACAUAUCUGAUGUAAAAUCACAGACUAAACUAUAGUGCACAAUUCAGCUUUUAAGAAAUAAUCUUUUUCUUUUGGGGAUUUUUUUGUUUGUUUAUUUUAAUUGAGGUGUGUAAUGAGUGUGUUGAGGGUGAAUAUAUAUAUAUAUAUAUAUAUAUAUAUAUAUAUAUAUAAAUCCUGUCUGCAUGGUUUAUAAAGUAUUUUUAUAUGUAAAACCAA